AUCUUAGAAAAGCAAAACGAAAAGAUUCUAAGAAAGUUACAUAAACUUUUCUGAGCCAAUUUGUCGAUCAAUAAUAUUGUUUAGACCAUGGAGAAAAAAGGUUGUUUCUCCAUCCUCUUUUGUCUCUUAACUUGCUUAACCACACUUUUACCAGAGGUAGAAGGGGCAAGGACAGGGAAGAUGAUUGUGCUAAAUGAGGGGCCAAAGAAGCUGUUUGUUUUUGGUGAUUCAUACGCUGACACUGGUAAUAAUUGGCCAGCUACAAAUGAUUCCACAAGUUGGAGUGAGCCUUAUGGCAUGACUUUCCCCGGCAAACCUUCCGGCAGAUGGUCCGACGGUUGUGUCCUCACUGAUUACAUAGCAUCACACCUUGGAAUAGAAUCUCCCCAAGCUUAUGAAUUGUGGAAGGGUGGAGGGGAAGCACAAAACCCUCAAAAUGGGAUGAAUUUUGCGUACGGAGGGACAGGAGUGUUCAACACAUCCGUUAAUGGGCCGAACUUGACGACCCAGAUUAACUCUCUCCAACAACUCCUUGAACAAAAUGUGUACACCAAAGACGAUCUCUCAUCCUCUGUAGCUCUUGUCUCCUCGGUUGGGAAUGACUACAUUACUUACAAGUUGAAUCAUAGCGACAUAAACAUACUAGUAACAUACACUACAAAAACACGGGAUUGACAAAGAUUUUUUAAGGGGUUUUACAAAAAUUAUGAAACAUUCGGCAGGAUAUGUCAAAUUCGUGCAAAAACACUUUGACACGAGCUAUUUAUCAUGAAAUCACUGAUCAAUCCGUGUCAAUCCCGUAUAUAGAGUUGUAUUUUUCAACUUACACUUUUUCUGUUUGGGUAUGUAAAGUGUAAACCAAUUGCAUAGUUAGUGAUUGCCUAUCUGGGCCAGCAAUAAGGGAAUGCAGCGAGCCCAACUGCACAGGAUCCCAAAAAAAAAAUACAUUUACUGAUUUACCAACAGAUUUCCCCCAUUCCAAUUCAUUUGUGGUGC